AUGCCGAUGACUCCGUCCGAUUUGACACACAUCUGUCUCACAGAAGCUUGUUAUUUACCAUUUGAUCAGUUCGAAUUAUUUAUUUCAAAAUUAUGUCCUCGAGUAGAAAUGUUACGUAUUAAUAUACUUGAUGAAAAGAAUUAUCUCGAUGCUGAACGUUGGCAAUGUUUAAUUGUACAGCAUAUGGGUCAUUUAAGGACAUUUGACUUUCAACAUAGAUGCGUGAUAGCAUCGGAUGAUUAUCAAUAUAAUACAUAUCAUGCAAUUAUUGAUAGAUUUUCCUCUCCAUUUUGGCUCGAACAUCAAUGGUAUUUUGCCCAUCAACAUUCCGGUUGUUCAAAGCAUCGUUAUGGCAGAUUUUAUUCAAUUCAACCAUACAGGUAUAAAUACCAUAUGUCGCCAUUUGAAAACGACUACAUAUGUCCAUAUCGAGAUAGUGGACUCAAUAUGGCUCGUCAGGUCAUCAUUGAAAGCUAUCAAUCUCUCAUUCAUUGCUUACUUAGAUUUCCACGUGCAACUAAGUUCACUUUUGAGGAUAGAGAUAACGAAGACAAUUAUUUGCCUAUUACCGAUCUCAAUCGUAUUGUUUCUUUGGCACAUCUUAAUCAAUUAGUUAUUGGCUGGAGAAAUCUGGAAUCUGUUCAGUUGCUUGAACUUCUUCGUCAUGCAUUCAAUGUUCAUUCACUGGAACUCAUUUGGUUCUCCCAUCUACAAAUACCAUCUUUAUCUUCCAAACAAGUUGAUAAUGAUCAUGUGAUAUCUAACAGAAACAAUGUUGUUCAAUUGAUCAUUCGAUCGAAAUCCACUCUGCAACAGCUUCACGUUCUCAUGAGCAUUUUUUCACAUAUCAAGCAUCUUCAAUUAAAUAUAACCUAUAAUGAUUAUCAAUCGAUCAUCAAAUUCUUAUUAUUGGAAAAUCGAAACAACAACCGACAUCUCUUCUCAUUAUGUCUCAACAUUGGAUGUGCAAACUGUGACAUAGUGAAGAAUGUGAAAGCAUUUAUCGAUAAUGAGAACUUACUCGACAACUAUUCGAUUACAUUCUCGAAUGAUGCUGUCUAUUUACGGUGGUAGAAGCUGAUUUAUUCAAUAAUGAAUAUUAUUCUUGACUCAGAGUGAUGUGUUUGUUGGAUUGUAUAAUGCCUAAUACGAAUACAUGAAACGAGUUUUUAUUUUUGAAUCUGAAAAUAUAGGCACGAUCUAAACUUUGCAAAUAUUAUGGAAGAAGUUGAAGAUCACUGAAUAAAUGUAAUUUUUUGAGAUUUAGUUGGGAAUCGAACUGAAAUUCAAAGAUCGAUGAGUAAAGUAAGAGAGAGAAGAGGGCUCAAGUAAAAGUCUAUAUAUGUCUAAUGAUGAUUGCGAAACUAUUGUUUCUAUAUAAAUAUCUCUACUAUUUCCAAGAACUGUUUGAAUUUUCUAGCAAGGUGUACUUUCUAAUUUUUUUAAUUAGAAAUAAAUUAGUCUGUACUGCUAAUAGUUAUCUUAAUGCUGGUUAUUCUUAGAUGCAAUGUACGUCACUUUGUUGUUCAUCUAUUGAAUCUCGUUCUUCAAGGCAAUGAUGUAAUGCACAUGAGCGAAGCCAAAGUACAAACUACUGAUAAAGCUACUAAUCUGUUGUUUUUUCAAAAAUCGUUCAUAUCAAUAAUAAAAAAGCUUUUUUCCAAUGAUUAAAAAAUUGAAAACAUAGCAGUGACUCACUCACAUAAAAGUUGUCAAGUGAUUUUUAUUGAUCUUGUAUUGUCGCACGUAGCUAUUGUCGAAGGAAAAAAGCUUACGUUUAUAUUGUAGUCGAUACUAUCAAAGGGUUUCGAGUUUGUGCCCAGGAUAAGAACCUUUUGUAGCUCCGGUGGAACAUUUUUUGCCGUUUUUAGGGUUCGAUAAUAAUACACCUAUUUUUUUAGAGUGUAGGAGGUCCUCAUCAUCAAAUACUUUUUACAUUCUUAUUUUAGAUUGGAUCAUUGUUUUUCCUAUGUCCAAUGUUCAUGUGAUACCAGGGUUGCCAAAUCUUCUGAUUUGAGCAGGGAACUCCUGAUUUUUUAUCUUUUCUUCUGAUAAGAAAUCUCCUGAUUUCAGGAGCUGAUUUUUAUGAUUUUUUCCUAAUUUCUCCUGAUUUAUAGUUUUGUUUCUAGUUGACUAAAGCAGAAACCAGUGAAUUAGAUAUGAUCUCAUAUAGACUUGCUAGACAUUGUACGUACACCUAACUUACAAAAGCUACUGUAGUUAAAGUACGCUUUUCUCAUUUCUGCUUCAAGUGAAUUUCGUGAAACAGCUUUUAGAGACGUGAGGUAUAAUCGAGCAACCACAGACAUACAAUGAAACAUGAUUUUCUAUCAGCUGAACUGAAAUUUAAAAUGGAAACAUAUCACACUAGCACAUAGUUUUAUGAUUAUUUCCUACGUAAACCUUAUCCAUUGAAACAAUUAUGUUGAUCAAAUAACUAAGUCAUUUUUUAAAAGUACGACGAAUUGCUCAGUAAAAAGCUCUUAUCAUACUUGUUGCUUGAUAUCUUGAUUCAUAUUCAUUAAUGAGUUAAUUUCAUUUUUCAAUAUUGUGCACUUUAAUAAAUGAUUGUGAAAUAACUAUUAAACCUCUCCGCUUAAAAAACUCGAGAUCUUCUAAUAUGCUGCAGCGUACACUCCCUUAAGGCAUCUUUCUAUUAUGAUACACAUUUUCCAUAGGUUUCAAUGCAAGAUAUUUUGACAAAGCUCCCUGAUUUACCAGACUUUUUCGGGGCUAUUCAGAGUUUUUCAGGAUUUCUAGCUUUUGUUUGAUAAAAAAUCUCCUAAAAAUAGACUGUUUUAACUGAAAAGUAUUGACAACUGAUGUAACAAUUUUUAACUGUUACUUAAAAUUAAGUACAUCUUCUAUGACGUCCUUCAUAUCAAAUCCUCCAUUAGUCUUCUAAUAUGAAAAAGUCUUCUGUUAAAGAAGGGGUUUAAUAUAAAAUAUAUCGGAUUAUCACGUUUUUUUUAAUUUUAAUUCAGAUGAAAGGAAAUUUUUCACUAUAAGCUUGAUAUACAAAAGAGAAAAUUGCUUAUGUAAGCAAAAGAUUGAAUUUUCUUUGUGUAAAACUAUGUAGACAGCUCUCAGACAUCAAGUAAAAGUCUCCGGAUUUUUUUCCUGAUUUCUUAAAUUUGAAUUUGGUAAGCCUGUGUGAUACAUACAUAUGCAUAUAUAGUGAAAUGAUGAUGAUGGCUUAUUUUCAAUCGUUACUAAUUGUUCAAUUUUUAAUGUUCAAUUUUAAAAAGAAAAUUAAUUCAACAGAGAAUUGAUUUAAUUGAAAAUGAGAACAGUACAUUGGCUCUGUUGCCACUCUGUGUCCAUGCCAUUAUACUAUAGAAUGUUCAUCGGUUCAUUUUCAUAUAUGUUUUAGAUAAUAUGACUUCUUCGUUAAAUACUAUCUCAUUUCUUCCUUCACAAAGAAAGCCGGCGCUAUUGAUGAACGGGUAUAUAUAUAUAUAAACUGAACAAAACUAUAAGUACAACAAAAUAUUGUCGUUGUGAAGAUCUCAUUGCACUGUUACUCUACAUACAAAUAUAAAUGAUGCUUAUUUAAAAAGUAAUGGUGAUCAUGACUGAUAUUUAUAUUAUCUGAUUUAUAUUAUAAUUUAUUUUCGUAUUUUAUUCCCUUUUUUUUCUGCAUAGAAUAAAACUUUCUAUCAUGAUUACAAAUCAGACUACUAAUAUCCUUGUUUCUCUCUCCUUGCAACAUCUGUUCUCUCGACCGUUAUAUAUCUAUUUUUUGUUCUACAUAUAUUUGCAUUUCAAG